AUGUAUACGUCACGCCCACACUGUCAGAUUCAAGAUGGCUGCUGGGGACUACAGUGGUAGGCCUCCCUCCUUACAUUUCUCCUGCCCAGGGCCUUUGGGAAAUGGCCAGCCCAGCAACAGUGGUUAUUCAAUGCCUACGUCCAACGGUGGGCCCACUGGUGCGACCGGAGGGGUUCAGGGGCCUGCAAGGCGCCCCAACCCGCAGUCGGGGCCUGGCGGAGGCGAAAGCGCCGGUGUUGCAGCUGGAACUCAACCGACUGUGCAGAACUCGAUUCAGCAAGCGUCAGCUCAAAGCGCUGCGGCAAGGGGGGCCUCCGGAGCAACGGCUGCGAGUGUACCAGGAACCCAUUCCUCACGGUCGUCAGCACCACCGGCCGCUGAUGUUUUAGUUUACCGGGAGCCCGUGUACAACUGGCAGGCGACGAAAAGCACUGUAAAGGAACGGUUUGCUUUCCUGUUCAAUAACGAGGUUCUGAGUGACGUUCAUUUUCUGGUGGGGAAAGGUAUGGGAGUGCAACGAAUACCCGCACACAGAUUCGUUCUCGCUGUGGGCAGCGCAGUCUUCGAUGCCAUGUUCAACGGGGGUAUGGCGACCACCUCAACGGAAAUCGAUUUGCCAGAUGUCGAACCUGCAGCCUUUCUGGCAUUACUGAAGUUCCUGUACUCUGACGAGGUCCAAAUAGGGCCUGAGACGGUGAUGACCACUCUGUACACGGCUAAGAAAUAUGCAGUGCCAGCCUUGGAGGCCCACUGUGUGGAAUUCCUCAAGAAGAACCUGCGGGCAGACAAUGCCUUCAUGCUGCUCACUCAGGCUCGACUUUUCGAUGAGCCCCAGCUUGCCAGCUUGUGUCUAGAGAACAUCGACAAGAAUACCGGAGAUGCGCUCGCAGCUGAGGGUUUCACUGACAUAGAUCUGGAUACUUUAGUGGCUGUGCUGGAGCGGGACACUCUGGGGGUGAGGGAGGUGCGUUUAUUUGUUGCGGCGGUACGCUGGGCAGAGGCAGAGGCCCACCGGCAGCAGCUACAGCCCACCCCAGAGAACAAACGCAGGGUCCUGGCCAAGGCCCUCGCCCUCAUCCGCUUCCCACUCAUGACUAUCGAGGAGUUUGCCGCAGGACCGGCCCAGUCCAGUAUCCUGACAGACAGUGAGGUGGUGAGUCUGUUCCUUCACUUCACGGUGAACCCAAAGCCCCGCGUAGAGUUCAUCGACCGGCCUCGCUGCUGCUUACGGGGGAAGGAGUGCAGCAUCACACGCUUCGGACAGGUGGAGAGCCGUUGGGGCUACAGUGGGACCAGUGACCGUAUACGGUUUUCAGUGAACAGGAGGAUCUUCGUGGUGGGCUUUGGCCUCUACGGCUCCAUACACGGCCCCACAGACUACCAAGUCAACAUCCAGAUCAUUCACACAGAUAGUAACACAGUGCUGGGUCAGAACGACACAGGCUUCAGCUGUGAUGGCUCAUCCAACACCUUCAGAGUCAUGUUCAAGGAGCCGGUGGAGAUCCUACCCAACGUCAACUACACAGCCUGCGCCACACUCAAGGGUCCUGACUCUCACUAUGGGACCAAGGGAAUGCGUAAGGUGACUCACGAGUCGUCCUCCACUGGCACCAAGACAUGCUUCACCUUCUGCUACGCUGCGGGCAACAACAAUGGCACCUCAGUAGAAGACGGACAGAUACCCGAAGUCAUCUUCUACACCUAGUCCUCACGGGCUCACUGGACUGCUGAGGGGAUUGUGGAAGCCACACACCCAGUUCUGCCAGUGGUGGAGGCAUCAAUAAUUGGAGCAUGGUCUUUAUCUCUCAACUCCCACUGACCGUUGAGGGAUGUCAGCUUGUUUUACUUUGAGAACUGGGCCUCUAUACUGGUCAGAACUAUUGACUCGGGAGGAGGAAAGCUUGACAUGUAUUUACAGAACCACCCCUUUAUGGUCUGUCUGUCUAUAGCUAAAAGCAUGUGGGAGUGAGAUGCAUCCAGCUACUCCAAUGUAUAUAAUGAACAUACUGUUACACUACCAAUUAGGAUCCAUCUGCUUGAUCAGACACACCUUUCCACUAGCCCUUUAGGGUGCAUGUGAUACUAACAAAACAGGAAAUAUCUUUAACCAUCAGGUCUCCAUAUUCAAAAUGUUGACUCUGGGCAUGUAAUUUGCCUGGACAGGAUGUCCCUCUGGUUAUUUGUCAGGUGGACAAUGCUGCAGGAUGUUACGCUCACUACCACCAUUAGUCGGGUGCGGAAUUGUGGUUUAAAAAGAGGAUAAGACCUAAGUACCCCCCCCCAACAGUUAGUCUGCUCUUGAACAGGUCCGUCUAAAUCAAGACUGAUAUUCACCAUUGCAAGAUGUGGGCAAUUAUCUUGAUGGGCUUAAAUGUUCUGGUCCUUGGAAAACAGCCCCAUCAAAGAUCCACCAUAGGUAUUAGGUACUUUACAGUAAAAGCAGUGCCAUGCACACCUUGAGCAAGGGUGCAAAUAAUUAUGGACCAGAUUAAACAGGAAUUACUGAAGCAUUGCAGACCCGCAAAGAAGAAACUCAUUUAAAGGCAAUCACACUGAAGCUAAACUUUGAGGCAGACUGAAUUGAGUGUCUAAAACUACCAAGUUGUGGGAACUUUACAGAAAUAGUUACUGGCACAUUAAUGAACAUGUGUCAAGGUAAGGAUUGUAUAAAAAAAUUACCUUCAGUUGAACCAAAAAUUGUACCAUUUAUAUACUAACAAUCCUCUGGCUGGCCUCAACCCAUAAUCACUAUACCAGUUUCUUAAUUUCAAAACCCAAUAAAGACAUCCACACCAUGAACAAUUUCUAUUCAUCUUUAUUAUGAUUGACAUUUUCCAUCCUUAGAUUCAUGUCACCAGGUUUCCAUUUAGGCAAGCGCUACUGCCCACAGUGCACUGUACAGUCCCAUCCCUCACUCGUACAAUGGAGGAAUAGAAGGGGGGGGAAAGG